GAAACACGGCUUGUUGCUGGAGGCCACCGAGAUGCGACAAGAUAUUGGUGGGCGACGCCACGUUGGGCUUCUGGGAGUGUACAUCCUGCUCAUUGCUUUAUUGCACUCGUUCAGGCCAAAACACCGAGAACUGAACACCAAAUCCUAGACAAGAUCUAAAUAGGAAAGAAGCUAACACUAUCCUAUAUCAGUUUCUUCAAAGUAAGUGAAGAUUGGAGGAAAAGGAGCUGGAAAAAAGCUGUACUCUUUUGACCACACAUGUAACACCAUCAGAAAGGAUACUAAAGGGCAAACUCUUCUUCAGGGUAAAAGACAAAUUUAAGAUGCCACUUGGAAUAAACAAGAAGGGUCUGCCAGUUUUAGAGAUGAUUUUUGUCAAGUGUGUGGAGUGGUGCUACAGUUUAAAUCACAAAGGAUUUCCCAUUAUGAGGAAAUGAAAUGAAAAUGGAAAAAUUAAAAUCUACAAUCUUUUAGAAAAGGCACCACCACUCUUGGGAAGAACACCAUCAUCUCAGUGAUGUCACUGCAAAGUCCAGGUCAUCUGACACACUGGCAGAACCAAUGUGAAGGGGUCAGGUCCCAACAGAGUGAAAUGCAUGCUCAAAAUAUUAAGCUGCAAUUUCAAGACCAUGGAAAACAAAAUGAAUUGCCUGGUAAGAAAAUGAAGAUACAUAUUGGGAGUUCUCAGGAGCAUAAGAGUGGAGUAGUAGACAAAAACAAAUCUUAUGAUUUCUGCAACACGAGUUUUGACUCCUCAACUAUAGUUCAGUCUCACCACACAAGGAGGAACCAUGCUCACAAACAGAAGCAACUAACAAAGGAACAUGAUCAAGGAUCUUCAUCAGGAUGUCAGCCCAAGUUAGGUACUCGAGGUACACGUAAUACCAUUUCGACAGCACCAAGCCUGAAGUCUGUUAUUGUUAAGCCUCCUCCAGCAUUGAAAAUGAAAACAUACAUAUGUCAUAUUUGCAGAAUUACCUUUACAUCUUUACAUAUGUUCCGGUCCCACAUGCAAGGACGUGAGCAUCAAAUUAAGGAAUCCCAUGUUAUCAAUCGAGUGAAGAAUUCAAAGAACACACGCAGUUCUUACAAAGAUAGAUAUGCAGAUUAUCUCAAUGUGAAGAAAUCCAGAGAAUGUGAGUCCAAAACAUAUUUUAGAAAUAUGGAAGAUAAUUUCUUGGACUUUCAUGGGUCUAGAGAAGUGACUGAUUUCAGACACAUGCAUAAAAUGUUUGGACAAACACUCCCACCUGACAUUUUCUGGAUGUGCCCAGAACCAAAUAAUCAUUCACAAGUAUUAGAAAACCAGUUGCCUCAUUGUUUACCAGUUCAUUCAAAGAUAUAUGACCCUUUCCAAUAUGAGCUUGAAGAUUACAUCAAAGUGCAAAAAUCCAGAGGACUAGAUCCCAAGAUUUAUUUUAGAAAUAUUAGAGAAAACAAUAGAUAUUGGGACCAUAGGUACAAAGAAAGAGUUGAUUCUAAACACAGACAAAGAAUGUGUGAGCGAAGAUUUACAUUUGAGACACCUCACUCCUACCAACGACAAUACAGUGGUCCACCAGUGGAAGGCCAGUUACCUCAAUGGUUACCAUCUUUUUCAAAUAAAAGAAAUUGUAUGUUUCAAGAUGAGCUUUAUGAUUACAGAAAAGUGCAUGAAUCUGUAGGACUAAAGCCAAAAACCUCUUUCAAAAAACCAGUUGAUCACUUUGUGGAAACCCAGAGUUAUAAAGAAAUGGGUGAUAGACUAUCCAAACAUAAAAUGUUUGAGCAAAGGCACCCAUUUGAGACUUUCCAGAUGUAUACAUAUCCGUACAAUAGUUCACAUGCACUAGAAAAUGAAUUACCUCAUUAUUUACCAGAUUAUGUGAACAAACAGAGACAAGAGUCUGAGAGCUACUGUCAAGUCACUAGAGAUUUAUUCUCUGAAAAACCAGUUCCCCUGAGCCUUAGUCAGCAUGAAAAUAACUCUGGCCCACAUAGCAUAGAGCAUGAAGUUUACAGACACUUUUCCUCAAAUGACAAUAUCAGUGACCUUCAAGCAAGUCAUAAAAGGAGACAUCAAAAGAGAAAACGACACUUGGAGGAAGGCAAAGAAAAGUCAGAGAAGGAACAGUCCAAGCAUAAAAAGAAGAGUUGCCAGGAUAAGAAUUUAGAUAAAGACAAGAGUGCCAAACACUGCAAAGGAGGGGACAAUAAAGUUAAAGUCAAUUCAGGAAAGAUUAAGCAUCACAAAAAGAAAAAAUCCUAUGAUGUAUCCUCUGAAAAAGAGGAACACAGGAAAGAACGAGCACAAGAAAAGAAAGAGCACAAGAAAGAAAAAAAGAAAUCUAUUGAAGAAAGGACAGAAGAAGAAAUGCUUUGGGAUGAAUCAAUUCUUGGAUUUUGAAAUUGUACUUUAUCAAAGAAUGGUUCAAACAAAAUAGUAAUGAUAAUGAUAAUGAACACAAGGAAAGGUAUGUAGUGUCAGUUCAGGAAAGCUAAGUUUUUUAUGUGCAAAAAAUGAAAGAAGAAACAAAUCUAUAAAAUGCCUAAUUCUGGCCUUUUUGAAAGCAUUUUCAAUGUGUUUUCAGUGGGAUUUCUAACAUUUAGUUUUAUUUAAACAAGAAUGAAGAAAUUGGUCAAGAAAAUCAGUUUAGAUAAAAACAGGAGCUUCAAAUGAGAAGAGGCAGAUAACAGUAUCAGUUCUAGAAAACUGAAUCAGUCAGUCUCUGUCCCUCUCUUUCUGCUCUUUUCUCCCCCUCUACCCAUCUUCUCCCUCCACUCAAAAUUUGAUUGAAAAAAGCCAAAAGCCUAAACCUAAGUGUCUGAGAAGCAAAAAUAUGAGGUAAACAAAAGAGAAAAAAACUAUGAAAGCAAAGACAAAAGAUUCAAUGUUAUGAAAUUAGUCAACUAGAUAUUCUUAAUUAUGUGUGUGUAUGUAUUGGUAUGUGUGUACAUGUGGAGGUCAGAGGACAACUUCAAGGUGUCUGUGCUGUCCUUCCACCUUCUUUGAGCCAGGGUUUCUUGCUAAUACAAAAGAAGGGCCAGUCUAUUGAGCUUUGGAUUCUCCUGACUCCAUGUCCCAAUGUCAUAGGCACAUUGGGAUCACAGAUACAUGUGCCACUUUGUGUAGGGCUUUAUAUGAGUGUUGGGCAGAAUCAACCAUAGGCCAGUAGGCUUUACAAGUAAAGCACCUUGAACCAUUGAGCCAUCUCCAUAAUCCUUCAACUCUUGAUUUUAAACUUUCCAGUUUUUUUUUUUCCAUUAAGAUUAAAGAAAGGUUUAAAAACAGGUGUCAUGAUAUUUGUGUUAUAUGUGUAUUUCUAUGUUGAAAGUUUGUGGGGCUUUUUCUCAGUCUUGUUUACUCUUGCAAGCAUGUUCAGGUUUGUAUGAGACCAUACCUUGCAUAAUCCAUUCCUUUUGGAGUUUCUGUUAGUUUUGAUGUUAUUUUUUUAUUGUGUGUUUUGUUUCUCAGUUUUCUCUAAUGAAAGUGUAUGAAACAACUUACACUAACUUUUUUUUUGGUAAAUUUAAG